GGAACAUUACAGUCAACCGCUCAAGGUCACAACACGGCCGACCUUGGCGCGAUAGUUAUUCACACAGCCGGAGUUGAAGGGAGAGUUACGUUCUGUUCUGUUUGUAAAUCCGAUCUUUGUUACAGCUGGUUACAGUUGUUACUGGGAUAUUCUUGCUACAUUCGACAGUGAGUUCAGAGAGGUAACUCAGGUUGAUUGCAGGGAAAUAACUCAGGUGCCAUGUCAACCGUCGCCUCCGUACUGUUUGUGGCUGUGGCUGGUAUUCUCAUCAAAACUCUGUACAUUGACGGGGACUCGCCUGGGCCUGGACUGGUGACAAAACUCAACACUACUUACGACUACAUCGUAGUUGGUGCCGGGUCUGCAGGAUGUGUUGUGGCCAGUCGUCUGUCUGAAGACCCGGAUGUGACGGUGCUGCUGUUGGAGGCAGGUGAGAACGACUGGGAGGACACCAACAUCUACACACCUGGUCUAGCCGUGGCCAACUGGAGGACAGUCACAGACUGGGAGUACUACACGGAGCCACAGAAUGGCUCGUUGGGAGGAUUCCAGGGAGGGCGAUCCUUCUGGCCCCGGGGUAGGGCACUGGGAGGCUCCAGCAGCAUCAACGCCAUGCAGUAUGUCAGAGCUUCCAGACACGACUACGACAGGUGGGCGGAGUACACGGGGGUCAAAGAGUGGAGCUACCAAUACGUGCUGCCGUAUUUCAAGAAGACAGAGAGGAUUCAGAUCCCAGAGUUGCAGGACUCAGAAUACCAUGGCCAUGAUGGACCCUGGACUAUCAAUAGAAUAAACUUUCAUCCAAUCGCUACUAAGAUCAUAGAAGCUGCACAGACUGUUGGGUACCCACAUAAUAAAGAUUACAACGGCAAGACCAUGGAAGGUAUUUCCUACUCUCAAGUGAAUUCAAACAACGGACAGAGAUACAGUACAAGUCGUGCCUUUAUCCACCCCAACCUUCACAGACCAAAUCUUCAUGUAGCUGUACACGCACAUGUACAAAAGGUGAUAAUCACCAAUAAAAAAACAGAAGGUGUGGAGGUCAUCAAAGACGGGAGGAAGUUUGUGGUCAAGUCUAGACGUGAGGUCAUCUUGUCCUCUGGUGCUAUAGGCUCGCCACAGAUUCUCAUGUUGUCGGGUGUUGGACCCAAGAAACAUCUGGAAAGUCUGAACAUCCCAGUAGUUGCUGACCUACCUGUGGGAGAGAACCUCCAGGACCACCUGAUGUUUGACAUGGGGGUCAAGGUCACCGAGCCCUUAACAGCCAACAUGAACGACUUCGACAGCUUGACCUCCUACCUCAAGUACAAGCUGUUCAGUACAGGAAUCCUCAACUCCCCCUUCCAACUGGAGGUGCUAGCCUUUAGAAGUACAACAAAAGAGACGAGAGAGAAAGACUGGCCUGACCUGCAGAUCCACUUCUUCAACAUCCUCCCUCCCACCGGAAAAGAUGGAUAUGGAUAUACUAAGGAGGUGUAUGCUGAGAUGUCCGAGAGAGAUAAAGCCAAAUAUGGGUUUAAAUGUCUGCCGUCUCUGUGCCGUCCAGAAAGUCGAGGUCACAUCAGGCUGAGGUCAAGUGACCCCUUCGAUUAUCCGGUCAUCUGGGCUAAUUACCUCGACAAACAGGAGGAUAUCGAUCUGCUAAUUAGAGGCAUUCAGGAGUGUAAGAAGAUCGUGAACUCGAAGCCCAUGAAAGAUAUUGGUGCUGAACUCACAGAAACAUCAGCGCCACUUUCGUGUAAACAACACAAAUACGACUCACACGAAUACUGGACGUGCAUGCUCAAGUUUAGACCACUCACCAUAUACCACCCUGUGGGCACGUGUAAGAUGGGGCCGGCUAAUGACCCAACAGCGGUCGUUGACCCUGAACUCAGGGUCCGUGGCAUCCAAGGUCUCCGUGUUGUGGACGCCUCAAUCAUGCCCUGGCUUGUGUCUGCCAACACCAACGCCCCCACAAUCAUGAUUGGUGAGAGGGCAGCAGACAUGAUCAGGGGCAGACCACCACUUAAACCUCUCCCACAUUUAUAAUAGCAAGGGCUUAAUAUGUAAUCCAAAUUCGCAUUUUUAAUCUAACAAAAACUUGUGAUUUCUCUAUAUAAACUGUAAUGAAAUGUCUAUCGUUUUUUUUUACAAUAUUAAUAAGAAAAACUAGAAUUUGAUAGUUACAAGUUAAUACCAAUCUUUCUGGCAUCUCAAAUGCUCUAAUUUCUACCAACCAUCCAACUUUCUUUGUUUCUCUUAAAAUAUAUUUUACCUUUACGAAAACAAGUUAAUGAAACUUUACAAUUAACAUGUAGCAACGUUAAGAUUGAGUUUUUGUUUUUAAUGUUAGAGUGAAAAUGUUGGUCUACAAUUUCAUGUUUUAGGAAAAGCUUACACAAAAUUCAUUGAAGUGUAGAAGUCGCGAUGUAUUACGAUUAGGUUGACUGAUUUGAAAUUCUUCCAAUUAGACUGAUAUCUAGUGUCACUGUAUUUUUAGCGUGUAACCAAAUGUUUUAUUGCAUUGUUUGUUAUUUUAAUCGUGAUUUUUAAAUAAAAUGGUACAUUCCAGAAUGUUCUCCGAUAGGUUCGUAGCAGAUAUUGUCUUUGCUCUUUUUUAUAGCUGCCACUAUCUGCCAUUUAAAGACAUCGUUAACUUAACCCCUUCUUUACUCAUAUCUUACCGCUAUCUACUUAGUUUAAGAAAACCAGUGUACAAGUAUUGAAUUAGGUAAAGUGUGAAGGUUUCUUACUCCUCUUUUACUGACUUUCUAUUUUUACGAUAUGUGCCACAAUUUAAUCUAUGUACUCAAGGAGUUGUUAUAUCUUCUUAUAUCUUGUACCUGCUGUUUGUUAGUUAGGUUAACCGUUGUUUGAUUUAGUUUAGUUGAUGUGAGAUUUACUUGACUCUUUGUUUAUCUUAUGUAAGGCUUAUACCACCAUUUUUAAACUGUUGUUAUGCAAGUGUACCCGCGUUUGUUCACCCCUUAAUUAUAUAUAUAUAUAUAUAUAUAUAUAUAUAUAUAUAUAUAUAUAUAUAUAUAUCAUAACAAAUACUUUUACCUAGACUCUAGC